UCCUUCAUUAAACCCACUUAAACCUCAUUUUACCUUUUCUUACCAUUUAAACACCACUUUAAUCAUCAAUUAAACACAAGCUAAUUACCAAAGGCCAAAUGACCAAAUUGCCACUACUCUUGCUCCAAUUCUAUAAAUAGAGGCCUUGCCUCUCUCAUUUCUCAAGCUUUGAGAGCCAACAAAUCCCUUGCAAUUUCUCUCCUCAUCCCUACCAAAUUCACCAAAGCUCUUAUUCCUUUCAUAAAGUUUGUGAGUCACAUCUUGAACCUCACAAACUUUGAGCUAAACCACCAUCCAUUUCACUCUUUUUUCUUCAAUUGUUGAGAGAUCAAGAUUUGUGUUGGUGAUUCUUGAAGUAGAUCCAAGUUUGUGCAAGAUUUGUGCAACGCUCGUGCUAAGAAGAAAUGGAAAGUAUCAAACAAGAGAUUCUUGAACUCCGCAAAGAGGUGGUUACUUUGAAGGCUGGUAUGGAGCAUCUGACUGCUCUGGUUGAGGCUCUAGUUGCUGCCCAAGUCAAUCCUCCUAUGAUGGAAGAAAGGAUGGCAAAGGUCUUUCUUGAAACUCUGAACUCGUUCUUUCCCAAGGGGACAGUAGUCAGUACACCUGCUGACUUUCACAGAGAGGUGGGUAUGAAAGCGCUUCUAGAAAAGGAUGUCCGAAAGGAAUGUUUGUUUGAAGAAGGUAACUCAGCUGGUAGUGUGAAGAAGUUUGGUAAUGACUUUUCAAAGAAGAGAAUCAGGGGAGGAAACAAUCAUCAUCAACAUCAUCAUGUUUCCUAUAUCAUUCCUGUAUCCAAUUCAAUUCAUGCAACUCCAGAUUAUCAGCAAAGUACUCGUCAACAAGCUCCUCCACUGAAUGAGCAAAAUCAAUCUCGAAAGCCUAAUUUUGAUCCUAUCCCUAUGACCUACACAGAAUUGUUCCCUGCUCUAAUUCAUAAGAAUUUGGUUCAGACAAGGUCACCACCUCCAAUUCCAGAGAAGAUUCCAUGGUGGUACAAUGCUGAUGUUACUUGCGCUUUUCAUCAGGAUGCUCCCGGACACAGUUUAGAAGAUUGUUGGGCUCUAAAGGUUGAAGUUCAAAGAUUGACUCGUGCUGGUAUUUUGUCUUUCCGAGACAUUGGCCCUGAUGUUCAAGCCAAUUCUUUGCCAAAGCAUGAAUGAAUCACUAUUGAUGGUAGCCUGAAGUUUGAAAGAUGUUUCCUUCAGCACAAACCCAGAUGGAGAAAGCCUUCUCAGUUUUUUUAGUAUUCUUACUGAUUUUCAUUUGUAAUAUUACUUGUUUUUCAAAUGCAUUGUUUGCAUGUAGAAACUUGUUUAUUUUUGAAUGUUAAUGCUAAUGCAACAAUAAUGUUUGUCUUGAAGUAAUCCAUUCGUUUCA